CUCCUAACCCCACACUCAUGCUUAAAAGGCAUUGAGAGGCAGACACCGGCUUUCAAUUGUGCUUGAGCGAGCGAUUCGUCUGGGAUAGGAGACAGAGACGAUUAAACUGCCGGUCUCUAGACGACAAAUAAAAAGACUUUUCCUGAGGAACCAAGUUUAAGUGUGGGAAAGAGAUAAAGAUGCCACAGAACGUGAUGUUGGAUGGACCAGCUCCUUGGGGUUUUCGGCUCUCUGGAGGCAAGGACUUCAACCAGCCGCUGACUAUAACUCGGGUGACACCUGGCAGUAAAGCAUCACAGGUCAAUCUGUGCCCAGGUGACAUCAUCUUGGUUAUCCAAGGAGAAUCCACAGAGACUAUGACUCAUGCUGAAGCUCAAAACAAGAUUAAAGACUCCACCAAUCAGCUUUUCCUCAAGAUAGAGAGGCCAGAAACUAAACUUUGGUCACCUCAAGUUAUAGAAGAGGGAAAAGUAAAUCCAUUCAAAAUCAAUUUGGAGGCAGAAAAGCAAGAAAUUGAUUACUUCGAACACAAGUUUAAUGUCAGACCAAAGCCCUUCAAAACUGCAAGCCAAAGCAGUGACAGUACAUCCCAGACGUUGAAGGCAAAUGUUGCUCGUGUGCAUGGCACCACAUCAGUGUGUAAGGCAGAUCCCAGGAAAACUGAGACCCACACGUUUUCUACUCAAUACAACUCCCCCAUUGCAUUAUACUCAGCAGACAAUGUAUCAAAUACACUACAGCAGGCUCAGAUGUCCACUGUAGUCAGUCAGGGAUCACCCAGCCCUAAAACCCUAGCAUCCAUUGAGGAGUCUCAUGUGUACCGAAUGCUUCAGGAGGAUCAUGAACAACCACACGAGCCACGUCAGUCUGGGUCUUUUAAGGCUCUGCAGGACUAUGUAGAGAGUGAUGGCACAAAGCCCAUGGUGACUAGAAGUGUAAAGGCUCCAGUGACAAGGCCACAAGCAGCCCAAGCUUCACUACAAAAGCUGCACAUCUGUGAUAAAUGUGGUACCGGCAUUGUUGGACCGGUCGUGAAAGCUCGGGACAAGUACCGCCAUCCAGCCUGUUUCGUGUGCUCAGACUGCGGCCUGAACUUGAAGCAGAAGGGUUACUUCUUUGUGGAGGGACAGAUGUACUGUGAAAACCACGCACGAAUUCGAAUGACCGCACCUGAGGGACACGACCUGGUUACAGUGUAUCCAACUUCUUAGACUCAGAAAUCACUUGUAACUGAUGCAGUUAAAAUGAAAAAAAUCUUAUUAUGCAUAAUUGCAUCACGCUUUUUAGUGAUGUUCCAUUAAUUGCAUAUCUGCAUAGAGGAUAAUAUGCAGACUUCAAAUGGGAUGUUUAGUUUAUCAGGGGAAUAAGACAAGACGGGUUUUGAAUUUGCAACUUAUUCUCUAGGCCUUAAUCAAUUAGUUAAAAAGCAACCAUACAUAUUGCAUUGCAUAUAAGGCAUAUGCACUUAGGAAAUUCAGAAUUUUAAACCCUAUAGGUUUUAAUUAUCCUCUAAAUAUACAGAAAAUGACAUUUUGCUCUGGAUCUAUGGGGGUGUAUGACAAGCACAGUUAAAAAGAUGCAAAAUUCUCUUUUUGGGAGAAAAAUACUUUUUUAUCCGAAUACGAAAUUUCUAAUUUUUUGAAUGUGUAUUAUGUUUAAUGCAUGUCUGAUCAUUAUUAUAUUAUCUGCAAAUCACUGACAAAAGGGUGCAAAUUAUAUACAUUUUCAAAUAGCAUUAAAAUGUAUUAUAAGCAUUGAAAUUUCUUAAUUACAGUAUUUUAUUUAAAGAAUUAUUUAUAUUUUCCCCAAAAGAUGUCACAAGUUAUUAAUAUGACAGUACAGACGGGAUUUGAUUGUAAUUUGUGGAGUUGACAACCCUGUAAAAAAGAUAAAAAGAAAAUUACAUUA